AGCAGCAACAGUAGCAGUAGCAAAAUGACAUGGUCGCGUCUCGUUUACACAAUAACUCAAAUUAAUUGAAUAUGUUGGCAAAUGAGCAAAACGAAAAUUACGUUAAAAGCCCACAAAUCAAGCGCUUUUAAACGGCUGCUGUUAUUAACAUGGCAGCCGCAUCCGCUGGCCAACAGCUGCAGCAGCAGCAACAGCAGCAGCAACAGCAGCAGCACAAACUGAACAUUGUUGGCAAUGCGGAAUCGGUUGCUGGCGUGCUGCAGGUCAACGAGUUGCAACAGCACCAACAGCAGCAGCUCAACAUGUACAAGCAACAGCAACAGCAGCAAUUGUUGCAGCAACAACAACAACAACAGCAGCAGCAGCAGCAGCAAUUCUAUCAGCAGCAGACAAAAUUUGUAUCGCGGGUCGUUACAAAUGCCGCUAUGCAGCAGCAACAACAACAGCAACAACAUCAGCAGCAGCAGCAACAACAAAUAUUACCAGCUGGUUUGGUAAAUGGUAGCGCCAUGAUGCAAGCCGCAAAUGUUGCCGGGCAGCAACAACAGCAACAAUUGCGCCACAGUCAGCAUAUAUUUGUGUGUCCAGCGAUUGGAUCGCCGAUGCAACAGCAACAGCAACAAGCAAAGCAGCGU